UACUGAAGUGCUUUCUUCUGUUUCCGGAUGAUCACAUUGUUCAUCUAAAUUGUGACUGUUCCUUCAUGUUAUUUUUACUGUCCUCACCUCAUGGAGUGGAAUGAAUACAAUAUUUAAUGAAAAACCCAUGCUUAAGGUGUGAACAUGGCGGGCUUCCUGGACAAUUUCCGCUGGCCAGAAUGUGAGUGCAUUGAUUGGAGCGAGAGGAGGAACGCCGUGGCGUCUGUGGUGGCCGGCAUAUUGUUUUUUACAGGCUGGUGGAUAAUGAUAGACGCUGCUGUGGUGUAUUCCAAGCCGGAGCAGUUGAACCACGCCUUUCACACAUGCGGUGUGUUUUCCACGUUGGCUUUCUUCAUGAUAAACGCAGUGUCCAAUGCGCAGGUGAGAGGGGACAGCUAUGAAAGCGGCUGCUUGGGAAGGACGGGUGCUCGCGUGUGGCUCUUCAUCGGGUUCAUGCUGAUGUUCGGCUCCCUCAUCGCUUCCAUGUGGAUUCUUUUUGGUGCCUACGUUACCCAGAAUAUUGAUGUGUAUCCAGGACUAGCUGUGUUUUUUCAAAAUGCACUUAUAUUCUUUAGCACUCUGAUCUACAAAUUCGGAAGAACUGAAGAGCUGUGGACCUGAGCUUGCUGCGUCAAUCCUGUUUUCCUUUUGUUAUAUUCUAUUUGUAGAUAAGUUUUUAUUUCUCCAUAUGAUUUACACAUUGCCAAACGGAUUCGACUGUGCACUGAGUUUUGUUUCUUGACACUUUUAUGCCCUGAGUUUUCAGACAGUCUUAUGAACCCUGCCCCUUUUUUGUUUUUAACCAACCAGACUGUUGAUAUGUACAUAUUAUCUAAGACCAUUGAGGCUGGCUGAUGACUGUCCGUUCCUUAUGCCCGAGGCUGGACGCUCAGUCUGCUCCCUGAGCUGGGCCACCUGGUCGUGUGGUCCCUGAGGGGACCGCUCUGGUGUCUGUCUCUGCUAUCUGAAGCUGGGCAGCAACUGUUGCCCUGUGCAUCCAGAAUAAACCCAGAGAUGCUUAAAAAAAAAAA